AUGACACGUGUCAUUUCUCUGUUUCUCCUGUGUUCGCUAAGCGCCUACGUUGCAAGUGAUCAAAUUGUGGUUGGAGCACUUCAGAAGAUUUUUCCGUAUGCUGCGGCGGCCAAAGUUAAAACGCUAACUACCAAUGUGAAUAAACAAACCACAAUAGCCAAGGCAAAGACUGCAGUGAAGAAUUGGGUGCCGAAGAAUUGGAAAGCAGCAAACGCAAAGCCGGAUGCCAAAAAUCAGCUCUCCAAGCAAGCCUACGCACAGAACAAGGCUCUAACCUUCAUCGACUACCGAUAUUCUCUCAAAAAAUACAUUAACUACCUAUAUAAUCAGGCAAUUUCCACAAAGUACUUGACUAAAGCUGAAGCAAACAAUAUGAAAACCAUGUUCUGGGCUGCUGACACCAAGGCAAACAACAACUACACCGUGACAUGCCAGACAUUCAUGAUGGAAGCAAUGCAAAAAAUCAAGAAGACCCCAACAAUUCAAGACUCUGUGACAGAUUUGACUGGAAAGUUUGCGAAGGCCAACGCUAAAGACUAUGCUAACCUUCAAUGGACUCUAUAGUUUUUCUUACUUCGAAAAAUGAAAUAUUGUUAU